AUGAGCUCACUUGGGCUCUCCCAGUCACCGAUGACAGUGGAGUUGAGACUGGACGAGACAGAUUCAGCCUAUACCCAUCAAGAUACUGUAUCGGGCGAGGUAAUAUUGCAUACCGAGUCGCCGGCCGACUUGUCAACAAUUGUCCUAAACUUGUCGGGAACAGCAACAUCCCGGCUCACUCAAAGCAGACGCACAGAAACCCAUGAUGUAUGUGCCAAAAUGGCUGCGCUAGUCGACCAUUGCAUUUUGAUUAUUUUCAUUAACACUCGCAACUUUCAGCUGUUCAAGAAGUCUCACCGCCUGUUUCCUUCAGAGCAUUUGAUGCAUGAUCCAAACACCUCCCGUGUAACUAUCGGGAGCGGAAAUCAUGUUCUCCGAUUCUCUAUCAUGGUCAGUACCAAUCAAAAUUCAAGUCAGUGA